CCACGCUACUCUCUACGCCUACAUUAAACGAUGCUCUGAUAUCCUUUACUUGCGACCAAUUUGCGACCAAUUUCUGCGCCCGCUAGUCCGAACGCUGUCUCCACUUGCACGCUCUAAGUUGUGACGAUGGACAAUGCCUCGCACCUCGGAGUUGUGCUCGACCUCUCGCCCAAGCAAUGGCACCUCGCUGCGCAGCCGAGCAACCCGCACCCGAUUACGCUUGUCGCAUCUCUCUCACAUCUAUUAGCGUUUCUGAACGCGCAUAUUGCAUGCAAAGACGAGAAUAGUCUUGCGCUGUUCGGAGCGCUGCCCGGCAAGAGCGUGAUGCUCUACUCUUCGACGAUGCCCGUUAACGAGGAAGAGAUUCAGCCGGCGGACGCAAAUACGUACCGACCUUUCAAGGUCAUGGACUCGACAAUUAUGAAGCAUAUUGUGAGCGAGGUUGAGGCUUUGGGAGAACCUGAGGUUGAAGAACCCAUUGGCUUUGUGGGAGCUUUGACGAAGGCGAUGUGCUAUAUCAACCGAGUCACGAAUGGCUCAACGAGCUCGACGUCUCGCAAUGAUGAUCUGGCAACCCUUCCAGAUCCACGAAUCCUUGUCAUCUCUGUGUCUCCCGACCAGUCAUCGUCAUAUAUUCCCGUCAUGAACUUAAUAUUCUCAGCCCAGAAGCUUAAAGUCACGAUCGACGUCUGCAAGAUUUUCGGUGGCGAAAGCGUAUUCCUUCAGCAAGCUGCCCAUCUCACAGGUGGCUCCUACAUUGACAUAGACCGGCCAGACGCCAUACUUCAAUACCUCAUGAUGUCCUUCCUUCCACCACCCGGCCUCCGCCAACUUAUAUCCGUGCCAACACAAGAUAAAAUCGACUUCCGUGCGGCGUGCUUCUGUCACAAAAACAUAGUCGACAUCGGCUUUGUCUGUUCUGUCUGCCUUUCCAUAUUCUGCCAGCCCGUUCCCGUGUGCUCGACCUGCCGCACCAAGUUCCCGAUCAAGACGCUGCAGCGGCUAAACGCGUCGCGCCCCAACGCCGCUCCGGGCAGUGCGGGUACACCCGCGCGUUCAUCAACGCCUGCGCGGACUGCCACACCUGCGAUAUCCGCAAACAGUCUGCCUCGUUCAACAAGUAUAAAUCCUGCUGCUGUACCGAGGGUCGUUAGCAAUGGGAGUGCACCAGCGACGAGCUCGCCGAUGCAGAACGGUGAGCCGAGGUAGCACGAGGGUAAGAAGCUAAUCAGCGGCGGAGGGAAAGCGCUGUAAUGUAGAUCGAGGGUGUGUCUUCUCUAGACGAGCUCGGUCUGCGGAGGAUCAUCGCCUGGCCAUGCCAUGGCGCCGUGAGCAAC